CAGCAAAGCUAAAAAACCCUAGCGCUCACCUGGUCCUCUCUCCAUCGACGUCGCUCGGAGCUCGACUCGCCUCUUCUCCUGCGCUCGCUCUCCGGAGGGAACGUUCCCCGCGCUGUCGAACUCAGAUCUAUACAUCUGCGAAUUUUCUGGAGAGGAUGUGGAGAUCGAAUUUGUUUUCAAAUUUAAUAUAGCUUUGGAGCAUCUUGGAGCAAAUGAGCAGUGGAGCUUGUGGAGCAUGGCUCACCGCGGGAUUGCUCUCUUGUGAAAAAAUUUUGAGAUAGAAAUGAGUAGCCGCUUUUCUCGCUCAAUCUACGUUGGCAACCUCCCAUCUGAUAUAAGGGAAUGGGAAGUCGAAGAUCUAUUUUACAAGUAUGGAAGGAUAUUGGAUAUCGAGCUGAAGAUUCCACCUCGUCCUCCAUGUUAUUGUUUUGUGGAGUUUGAGAGCUCUCGAGAUGCCGAAGAUGCAAUUAGGGGUCGUGAUGGAUACAAUUUUGAUGGCUGCCGUCUGCGGGUUGAACUUGCUCAUGGUGGUAGAGGACAAUCAUCUUCAAGUGAUCGUCGUGGUAGCUAUGGUGGUGGAGGUGGAGGUGGAGGUGGAGGUGGAGGUGGAGGUGGAGGUGGGGGUGGGGGUGGGGGUGGGGGGUGGAAGUGGUGGGGGCGCUUUGGUGUCUCACGCCAUUCGGAAUACCGAGUCAUUGUUCGAGGGCUUCCUUCUUCUGCAUCCUGGCAAGAUUUGAAGGAUCAUAUGCGUAAAGCUGGUGAUGUUUGCUUUGCGGACGUUACGCGUGAUAGUGAAGGGACUUAUGGCAUUGUUGAUUACACCAACUAUGAUGACAUGAAGUAUGCUAUUCGGAAACUUGAUGACACUGAGUUCAGAAAUCCGUGGGCGAGAUCUUAUAUACGGGUGAAAAAAUAUGAAAACAGUCCUUCUAGGUCUCGCAGCAGAAGCCGCAGUAGAAGCAGAAGCGACAGAAGGGAACGGAGUGAAUCACGGGGUCGAUCUGCAUCAAAAUCGCCAUCUAGAUCUAGAUCAGCAUCUCCAGUCAAGCCUACUAGAGCAAGAUCCAGAUCAAGGUCAGCAUCUCCCCGCCAGGUGAGGUCAGGUAGUGGCUGAUUCUUUGAAGCAGACGUCCUGGUGCUUAUGGUUGUAAUGAAGAAAAGUGAGUUUAGGGAACUUUGGGAUCCAUCUUUGUUGGGGUUACGAUGCCUUAGUCAAAGAACUUUAGGUACUCAAGAAUGCCUUAUACUGUUUUGUGACGUCCUGUAGUGUUGGAUUUCAAUGCGUCAUCUGAAUAUUAUAAAUAGCUACGAAGAUGCUAUGGUGUUGUUUGAGAUGAUGAUGGCUUGGCUCGAGACAAAUCCAAGGGAGAGAUUGCAUCCUGGUUUCGAAUUAAUACUGAUGUUGAACUGA